AUGCCGCUGCGGGGCCGCGGCGCCGCGGCGCCCUGGGGGCGGCUGGCGCUGCCGCUGCUGCUGGCGGCCUGCGCCGCCCGCGCCUCCGAGAUCACCUUCGAGCUGCCCGACAACGCCAAGCAGUGCUUCUACGAGGAGAUCGCCCAGGGCACCAAGUGCACCCUCGAGUUCCAGGUGAUCACUGGAGGUCAUUAUGAUGUUGACUGUCGGUUGGAAGAUCCUGAUGGCAUUGUAUUGUACAAAGAGAUGAAGAAGCAAUAUGAUAGUUUCACGUUUACAGCAUCCAGAAACGGAACAUACAAAUUCUGCUUCAGCAAUGAAUUCUCUACUUUCACACACAAAACUGUGUACUUCGAUUUCCAGGUUGGAGAAGAUCCUCCACUGUUUCCUAGUGAAAACAGAGUAACUGCGCUUACCCAGAUGGAGUCUGCCUGUGUUUCAAUUCAUGAAGCUUUGAAGUCAGUCAUCGAUUAUCAGACUCAUUUCCGGUUGAGAGAAGCACAAGGCCGCAGCAGAGCAGAGGAUUUAAACACAAGAGUAGCCUAUUGGUCAAUAGGAGAAGCAAUCAUUCUUCUUGUAGUUAGUAUUGGGCAGGUAUUUCUCCUCAAAAGCUUCUUCUCAGAUAAAAGAACCACCACAACCCGUGUUGGAUCAUAACUGGCAGUGAUAAUGCUUCAGGUCAUUGUGUGCUAUUCAUCUGUAAAAUUACUGUUCUCCAAUUAAUUGUAGGUACAGAGGAACUAAAUAUGUGCAACAUUUAAAUGUGUCUACCCCUCCUCAUCCAUUAAAAUCACAAAACAUGACCCCUAAAAUAUAGAAGGAACUCCCAAUUUGAAGUAUAAAGAAAACAUUAAGUUAGUGUUUUCUGAUGCUUGUAUUAAAUAUCUGGGAGUGACCAGCCUUUCUUUAUUUCUACUGAUUUUAAUCCAAACUGAGUUUGACUUUACCAGUAAGAUUACCUGUGUGCGGUAUAAUGCUUUAAAAGAACCCAAUAAUCUAGUGUCUGAUAUGAAAGACAAUACAUAUGAAAAACUGAUUCAAUUUUAAUUUUCAGGCUGAAUGUAUUGGAUUAUAAACAAGCAAAUGUGAUGAACUGUAGUUGCAGAAUGUUUUAUUGCACUGUUUUGAUUUGCUGUAACAAAAAAAAAAUCCAAUGGUAUUCUUUGCUUAUUUGUAAAACUAUUGCAAGCUUGACACUACAUCAUGGUGCAAAUUCUCCACCAACCUGGUAAGUCUCCACCUUCAAAACUUGCUAAAUUUUAUAAGUGAGUGCAUUUGCUUAAACACACAUUCUUCUACAUUAAAAUAUAUUGUAUUUCCUCUUUUACAAUGUUUGUUUUACUGAACAAAUUGUAAACUGAGACUACUCAGGAAAUCCACUUUCUGUAUUCAAAAAUCCAAAUCUCCAAGUUUAUUUUAAAAAAUGCAAUAAAAUAGGGACUCUUGUAACUUUGUCACUGAAGCUGUACAGUCUCUGUACUCGUUUAAGCUGCUGCUGCUUUUCAGAUUUAAGACCAGAGGUAACUUGAUUUGUUAAGCAACACAGCACCAGCACUGGACAAAGUUAUAUUGCAUCUGUUAGGCACAUACAAAGCUUUUUACUAAAUUGUUUUCCUGUUAAGAGGCCAAUUUGAUAUUGAUACUGCAUUGCACAAGUGCUGUACAUUUUAUUACCCUGUGUGUGGUGCACUGAUACAUUAUGGCCUUGUGCAUCUAAUUGCCACUCUUUUUUGCUAGUGGUCAGGAAAUGUUUUAAAUAUUUCAGGGUAUCUUUUUGGUAGAUUUGUAGUUACGUUGUUUCCACUGCUCAUGUCUUCAGUAGCUUAUGUAUUGUAAAGUCUUGUUUUAUUUGGAUGUGGAAGGUAGUAAAUGUAUGUACAUACAAGUAGCUUGAAUUGAGCUAGUCAGAAUAAGGCUAAACUCCUUCAGAUGGCUCUGCAGGAGUAAAUGGACUCUGACCAAUUCUUAAGUGCACACAAACUUAACUAAGGCGAAAAACAUUUUUUGUGUUACUGACCUUUAUUUAAAAGAUGCUACUUAAACUAGCUUUCAGCAAGCAGAGAAAGAAUGCUAAAUCCUCUUUAAUUGUCUGUAAUAUUUCCAGCAAAAAAUUAAGUAUACAUACACUUAGGCAUUCGGAAUAAUUGAUCUAAGAUGACCUGACUUUAAUGUGUUGUGAUAGUUUAAAAAAAUAAAAAUAAACACAAGUAUUCCUUGUCUCUGAACUGAUCAACUGCUCUUUCAGAAACUGAAGAAAAAAUUUAAACACUUCAAAAAAAAAAAAAAAAAAAAAGGUUAAAAGGUCACUGGGGUAUUAAAAAGCUUAGUGUAUAUUGAAUUCAGGUUAUGUAUAGUAUCCUUCUAUCUUGUACUGAAUUUUAAAUAUUGCAGUCCCAUUUUUGGGAUGCAAGCUUCCCGGAAAGUUAGACACUCAAAAAUUGGAAUGAGUUAGUGCUUUCUUAUGACACAAAUCUGUGCCUGCACACAAUAUUCUGUAUUGUACCUAUAUGCUUUGUUCUUGUGCGUUUCAGCAACUGAUCUAGAGGAUUUUUUGUGCUUUAUUACACACAAAAAUGAAGCAAAUAGGACAGUUUGGGUGCAAGUAUGGGAUGAAAACAUGAUUUAAUUUUGAUAGUGUCAACUAUAAUCUUUUGAAGUUUGAAUAUCACUUGUGAGUAGCUCUAAUCACAACAAAAAUAUUGUUUUAAAGGUGUGAAACAUGAUUUUUUUUUAACUAAAUCAGUUGUUCUGUGUGCUGUCAAAAAUUGGUAAACAGUGGGGUAAACCAAAUACUGGUUGGCCAUCACAUACAUGUCUCUAUUUUUUCCUAAUGUUUGAAUGUGUGAAGUGGGACUGUUUAACUCAAUAUUACUCCCACUGCAGAGAUUUAGUGGACUUGACUUUUGCAUUGAAGUUAGGUGUCUGAACCAAUCCUCUGGUAUCUUGCUGCAUAAUAUGCAGCAAUAGAUUAAAAAUGCCUUUAUUUUUGUGUUAUUAAAAACAUGGCACAAAUACACAUGUUUAAACAUAGCUGUAUAUAUUUUUUAAAGUAAGUUACUGAAUAGGAUAUAAUAAACACAUGCUAACACUUCAGCAGUGGAUGAAGAAAUGCUUUGUGAUUUUUUUGGUGAAAGCCACAUCUUUUUAUAUAUGAAAAGAAUAGUUUCCUUUAAUGGUAUGAUGCACAACUAAAUCACCCUGCAUUAAAUGGGAUACAGCUGUGUUUUUAAAUUGCAAAAGGCCCUGGGUUUCAGCUAUUCCUUGGAUGUUUUAUGUUUACAGAACUUUUCAUGUCCUGAAAUGUCAGUUCUUGUUUUAGUUUGCAAAAAAAAAAAAAAAAAAAAAAAAGUUUAGUUUGGAUAAGACAAAAAGCAGACCCUGUGAAUAUUGUAUGGGAAAAUAAAAAUUAAUAUAUGAA